CAAUGAAAAGGAAAUUGAUGAUGAUGUUCCUUCGGGUGGAGAUUUGAAAGAAAGCUGAAACUGGGAAACCGCUUCGUGCUAAAUUAUUAUCCAAAGCCUCAAAUUCAAACGAUUCAACUCAAAAUUCUUCUCUUCUCUCUUCCAUUCGUUCAAACCUCCACCAACAUUCAGUAAUUUGAACAACAGCUAAUAAUUAGAUAUAAUAAUAAUAAAAAAUGAGCGUGAUUGACAUUUUAACUCGCGUAGACGCGAUCUGCAACAAAUACGACAAAUACGACGUCGAGAAGCAAAAAGAUCUCAAUGUCUCCGGCGACGACGCCUUCGCUCGCCUCUACGCCGCCGUCGAUGCUGACAUUGAAGCCGCUCUUCAGAAAGCAGAGCUUGCGUCCAAGGAGAAAAGUAAGGCCUCUGCUGUUGCAAUAAACGUAGAGCUUCGUCGAACUAAAGCUAGAUUGCUUGAGGAAGUCCCUAAGUUGCAGAGAUUAGCAAUAAAGAAGGUUAAAGGACUCUCUACAGAAGAACUUGCUGCACGAAAUGAUUUGGUCCUUGCAUUGCCAGAUAGGAUUCAAGCUAUACCAGAUGGAAGUUCAGCUGCACUCAAACAAACUGGAGGUUGGGGGACUUCGGCUCCCCGAACCGAAAUCAAAUUUGAUUCAGAUGGGCAAUUUGAUAAUGAAUACUUUCAAGAAAGUGAGACAUCUAGUCAAUUCAGGCAGGAGUAUGAAAUGCGUAAAAUGAAGCAGGAUCAAGGUUUGAGUAUGAUUUCAGAAGGUUUGGACACUCUGAAGAAUAUGGCUCAUGACAUGAAUGAGGAGUUGGACAGGCAAGUUCCUUUGAUGGAUGAAAUUGACACUAAGGUGGACAAGGCAGCUGCUGACCUUAAGAAUACCAAUGUUAGACUUAAAGACACUGUUAACCAGUUGAGAUCUAGUCGGAAUUUCUGUAUUGAUAUUGUUUUGUUGAUCAUAAUCCUCGGAAUCGCUGCCUACUUGUACAAUGUGCUGAAGAAGUGAAGAACAUGAAAAAUCUACCCUAAUCUAUUUCCAUGGUGUGUUAGUGUUGGCUUUUUCUGGUAUAAUUUUGUAUUUUGAGGACUUCUCAUAUGGUGCUUGCUUUUGCAUUUGAUUUGUUUCUCAUGCUGGGAGUAACUUCUCACACAUGGAAAUGGAUGUUUGUGGUAUAAUUUUGUAUUUUGUA